AUGGCAGCGCUCCUGGGUGGCUGUGGCGCGAAUGUCUCGGACUCGGAGAGCAGCAGCAGCGCGGAGGACUUGGAGCGGUUUCGCGAGGUCGCCUGGGACCUGGCUGGGCAGCGGUCGGCGGUGGUUCCGCCGGAGCCCGGCAGCGGUGGCUUUGGGAAGGACAAGUUACUACAAGUUCAGCCUAGUCUCAGACAGAAGGUGAAUGACCAUGACAAAGAUGGCAACGAAUUACAGACCACACCAGAGUUCAGAGCACAUGUUGCAAAGAAACUGGGAGCAAUGUUAGACAGCUACAUCACUGUCUUGGAGGAUUCAUCAGGUCCUGUAUGGACUUCCAUGCAAACAGCUGACUCUGAAGAUGAUGGCUUUCGCCUAUUCUCUUCAUCUGUUCCAGGAGAUUGUGGGAAAUCCAAACCUCCGCUCUCAGCCAGGAGGCGACGACCUUCCAGUUCUAGUGAGCUGGACAGUGACCAGGAAUGGCAGAGAUACCAAGAGGCUGCUGUGUCAGCAGCAGAUAUCUUGAAGCAAAGUGCUUUUUUUGUGAUGCCUCCGGAUUCCAGCCAGGUUCACAAGCAGGAAUGUACAGAGCACAAACAGAAAAAGAAAAAGAAAAGGAAGAAGAAAGCUAGAGGAGAGCAUAAUAGUGAACAGAAGACAGAAGGAGGUGACCAGAUCAGCAACGAGACUCUAUCGUCCAUUGAUAGAAAGUGCAAGAGGCAAGAAGGCAAAUGUAUAGAGGACACAACGUUGCCCAGAGUAGUGAAGAAGAAGAAAAAGAUUACCAGAAAAGAAGCGAAUGAUGAUUCCGCUCUAUGAACCACAUAUGUAGUCAGGAUGGAAGAAGGAUGGUGAAAAGUUAACAAAGGUAGUUCCUGUACAUUGUCCUCUGCUGGAAAUGUGGGGAAACAAUUGGCAAAGAUUCUGUUUUAGGGGAGUCAAAGGAGUAAGAGUUUAAGUGACUGCCCUUGUUGGGGCAUCCCUUGGGGAACUCCCCUUUUUCCAUUCCAUCACAAACCAAUUACUUGCAUUGCUGGUUAUGCAGAACUUGCACUGAAGGAUUUGGGCGAUACAGAGACAUAUUGAGAGUCACCUCUGCCCUGGUCUGAUCCUUCUGUGUAUCUAGCCCAAAUUCUGUGCCCUGGAGCUAGUGCACGUGUGUGAUAAACUGAUUUUGGUGGAGCUGGUGGCAGAGGAUCAGUUCCUACUUCACCUCUCCCAACACCUGCUGCCAGAACCAUGGGAGAAACAGCUCCAGGCUGUGAGAGAGACUGACUCACCCACAAAUAUCCUGGCAAAUCUUGGGGACCCACCUACCUCUCCUAUAAUCACCAGAAGUAUGUUACCGAAACCUGCCAUGUUACUAAUUCCCAUGGAAUAUACACCUCUCCAGGGGUCCUGUGCAGAAUUAUAAAAAGAUUGUGCAAUGGUGUCACUUCAUUGUUAUAAGCAGGUGUUUCUUUCCAAACUGUCGCCCUCGAUGCUUUAUUUUCAUGGUAUUACAUCUGCCAGUGUGCAGUAGAAUUCAAUAACAAUAAAUGUCUCCUAGUCUCA